AUGGAAACAGGACAACAUCAUUCAUUAAGUUGUUUCAACGACUCAUCAAAAGAACUCCAAGAACACGUAGAUAGAUUUUUAAAGAAAUUUGACAGUCCUCUUUUCAACAAACGGGAAUUCAUUAUUGGCACUAUACCACUUUUGAAUAAAUUGUAUCUGAUUGACACUUAUGCAAAAUGGAUUCAACAAUGCACAGCACCUGUUAUAGAAGAGACACGUAAUAGGUGUCCUUGA